CCAGGGACCCCAGAGAGCCUCCAUGAGCUGGGUGAGGGAAGUCCUCCUUUUUUCCAGGAAUGUGGACAUCACUGAGGACAUGGCUAGAGAGGCAAUACUCCGGUAUCUGUCUACAAAAUGCUGCUGCCAUCAAGCCAGAGCUGAGGAAUUGGUCAUUAACAGGUUAACCCAGAUGCCCCUGUACCGAUACAGGCUGGAGAGCUUCACAGAGAGCAGACAGCAUGAGAAGACCAGCAAGCCAUAUACUGGUCAGAGACUUGACAAAGCGAACAGAGGAGCCGCACCCCAACUGUGGAACAUCAGAGUCCAGACCCCCAAAAUGUUCCAGGACGGCUCAGAGAGAAUUCCUCUUCCACAUUCUUCAGAGCUGAAGGUGUGCCACAAGUGUCAGGGACGUGGACGCUGUAAGUGUUCCAGGUGUGGCGGCUCGGGGCAGUUUCGGUGCGGGUGUUCUGGUGGAAGCCGUCAGCGGUCCAGGAACAAGAGGUGCCAUGGCUGUUCUGGAAAUGGCAGGAGGAGAUGCAGCAAGUGUUCAGGUCGCGGCAGAAAAGUCUGUCCUGUAUGCAAAGGUGAAGGAAGACUCAUCCACUACCAGCAGCUCUCCGUCACAUGGAGAACUCUGCAUUCAGAAUAUAUCUGUGAUCCUCCAGUUCCGGAGAAUGACUUC